AUGGCUUUCGCAGCUCGCCUUGCUUUCCUUGCCAUUUUCAUGGUUUUGCUUUCUUCAGUUGCUUUGGCAACAGAUUUCGUUGUGGGUGAUGACCAGGGUUGGACUAUUGAUAUUGACUAUGCACAGUGGGCAAAGGACAAAGUUUUCCAUGUUGGUGACAACCUUGUGUUCAAUUAUGACAAUAGCAAGCACAACGUGUUCAAAGUGAAUGGCACACAAUUCCAGGAGUGCACCUUCCCACAAGAAAACGAAGCACUUUCGACAGGGAAGGACGUGGUUACCCUGAAAGCUGAAGGGACUAAGUGGUACGUUUGUGGCAAAGCUAACCAUUGUGCUGCUCAUCAAAUGAAACUUAGCAUCAAUGUUUUAGCCCCAAGUCCUGCACCUGCUCCCACUUCUGCUGCUCAUUCUGUGCUCUCAUCUUUUUCUUCCCUCCUCAUGCUAGCCAUUGCAACCAUCUUUAUGUGA